AUGGCGCACCGCGAGAUCGCGCGAGACGGCGACGAGGAGCGCGCGUCUUACGUCGCGCCGUCGCCGCGUCGCGAGAUCGCGUCGUCGUUCGCUUUGCUCGGCUGGACCGCGUUCGGCGGUCCCGCCGCGCACGUCGCGCUCUUCAACGAAACCUUCGUGAAGCGCGCUCCGCGGCCGUGGAUGACGAGCGGGACGUUCGCGGAGCUGCUGGCGCUCGGGCAGUGCCUGCCGGGACCGACGUCGACGCAGAUGUCGUUCGCGAUCGGGAUCGCGAGGGGCGGCGUCGCGGGGGGCGCGCUGAGCGGGACGCUGUUUCAGUAUCCGGGACUGCUGCUGAUGUCGCUCGCGGGCGCGGGCGCGGCGGAAACGCUGGUGAAUCCAGGACAAACGCUUCGAGCGCUCGCGGGGGGGCUGUCGGCGGCGGGCGCGGGGUUGAUCGCGUCGGCGGCGGCGUCGCUGACGCGGUCGCGGGCGAAGACGGCGACGACGAAGGUUUUGUGCGCGACGAGCGCGGUGGUGGCGUGUUAUCGUCAGACGGCGUGGUUGUUUCCGGCGUUGAUCGCGUUCGGGGGAUGCGCGACGACGUGCGAGGCGCGCGCGCGGGAGAGGUGGGCGAAAAAGGAGGACGGCGAGACGCGCGGCGCGAGGGAGGACGCGAGCGGAGACGAAGACGCGGAGGAGGUGGCGCAUCUCGGUCUCACGCCCGCGGUCGGGGGGUGCUUGAUCGUGGGGUGGAUCGUCGCGCUCGUCGCGCUCGGGAUCGCGGUGUCGAAGACGGAUUACGCGUCGAAUAAGGAGUUGCAUUGGUUCGAGGCGUUUUGGCGCACGGGUUCGAUCAUCUUCGGCGGCGGUCAAGUCGUGCUUCCGCUGUUGUUGAACGACGUCGUGCAGUACGAAACGACGUGCUCGAUCGCGAGUGGCGCGACGAGUUGCGUCAGAAGCGAGUCGCUCACGUCUUGGGUCACCGAAGAACAGUUUUUCGCCGGUUUAGCCAUGGCGCAAGCCAUGCCGGGGCCGUUGUUUAAUCUCAGCGCGUACCUCGGCGCCGUCGCCGCGCGACGCGCGGGCGUGAACGUCGUCGUCGGCAUCAUGUGCGCGUGGUUCGGGUUGUUCGGUCCGGGCGUGAUUCUCAUCUUCGCCGUGCUUCCGUUCUGGGGGAAAUUUCGAAAAUGGCGCGUCUACAGACGCGCUCUGCCCGGACUGAAUGCGUCAGCCGUCGGACUCGUCGUCGCCGCCGCGUUCAACAUCGCGUUCAAGGUCAAAUCUCUGAGUCCGUUUCCGAACGCUACCGUGUGCAUCGGAAUGAUUUGCACGUUUUGCGUGCACGUCGUCAAGUUGCCAAGGGGAACGUGGACGCUGAUCCAGGCCCCGUUGGUCGUCGUCCUCGGCGGACUCCUAGGGCUGAUCGCGCACGGGACGGGCAUGAACUGA